GUAAAUAUUUAGAUGGAACCCGCCAUUGCAACAGCCGCCAAUGCUAGAGAGACCAACGACAUGGAAACAGAAGUCAUUCUAAGUGGUUGUUCCCCUGCAAGUGAGGUCAACGAAACGACAGCUCAUCAGCAGACCACGGGCGGGGGCACGGCCACUGAUGCAUGUGAAGAGGUGUUCGCCACAAUUCAUAUGGAAACUGAGCAGAUGCUUGCUGACGUGGAUGACAACGAUAGCGGUGCACGAGGAAACAGUGCUAAGAUAGAGAAGGUGGGUGGAGAGAGAAACGAGGAAGAUGUUGGCAGCGAGGGUCCUCAAAGUGGAUGCAUUGUUACAGAUGCAAAUGUGACAAAGACAAUGGCAGGAGAUAGAUACCCGUACGAUGUGAAUUGGGUGCUAGGUCGUGUUCAGCCAGGUAUCGUUGGAGGUGUGCAUUGCUUUGCUUUCAAGGUUGCUGACCAGUGGGUUGCUGUUCCUGCCUCAAAGAAAGGAACAUGGCGUAACGUAUAUCUGUCAUUUAUCUAUGACAGAGUGUUGAGGUUGAAUGAUGGGGCAACGACCCACGAUGCUUGUCAAUACACAUUGGAGAUGUAUCGUGUUCUACAGAUAAAGGGUGAGUUGCGGCUCAACGAUUUUGUAUAUGACAACUUUGGCUGCGGACAACUGUGGGUGUUGGGUGGCCAGCAACGCAGGGGGGGAACGUCAGUCAGCCAGGACGAUGCAAGAAGGGAUCCUAGAUGGGGUUGGGUGCCAUCUGCAAUCCCAUUUGGAUAUGGUCGUGUUAAGAUGCAAGUGCGUGAUAUCAUGGGCAAUGUCUGGAGCGCGCAUUACGUGAACGACAUGUUUUCCUUCCGUCAUUUUGACAGAGAAGCGACUGCAGACGAAAAGGAGGCGAUGACAUGCCGGCCACGCGAUGCACGCAUCUUCGACCCGCCACUUGGCAAUCCUUUCGAGUCGGCCCUCGCUGAAGGGAUGGUGUUUAGUGGUGAAAAGUGCAUCACAUACGUCCACGUAAAGGGGAAAGAAGCCACAUUUGAUGACAUUUGUAUGGACGUAUGGGACCAUGUGGCAAUGCGGAAGGAUGUGGUUGCAGCCAGUAACAUUGCGGCCCAUGUGAUUCAAGAAGGGCAGUUGUACCAGCAUGUGGCCCGUGACAUGUACGGGUACCAUGUCAAUUGGUUCUUGGUGGUGGUGACACGUGUCUCCGUUUGCAAUCCUCAUGUGAAAGACCGGGGAUUGCUGGAGGAACACACGCAGCGUUGCUGGAAGAAGAUAAGGGAGGAAGAACGACAGAUGGUGUGCAUGGGAUAUGACUCCCAUAAUGACCAGGCGAUGUGGUCGAUCGUGGAAGACUCGUGCACCGAGCAAGCAAGACCCUCGACGGAUGACAUGUUUCUAGAGGGCAUUCGACGCAGACACGGGUGCACAUCACUUCUUGGGUGGGUCCCUGUCGUCUGUCCCAUGACAUAUGAGCAUGGUGAACAUAUGUGCAUGAGAUUCAGAGACCCUCUGGGUAUCCCUUUCCAGCUCACGUACAUAGAUGGACUGCUGCGACACAUUCAAUACGUGGGUGAUGACGACGCUCGUGUUGCAUCGAAUGCACAACCAACAACACAGCAGCAGCGGGACAUUUCACAUUUGUCAACUCAGGUCGACGGCCCGGAAACAGCAAAUGAUGGGGGAUGUUCUAAUGCAGAAGCCGACGAUGGUGUCACCCCUGCGGAGCACGUGACAGGGAGGGCAGAGAAGAAGAAGAAGCAGUGCACAUCUUGGCCGCGUCGUGGACUCGGGAGUUCCACAAAAGCAAAAGCGGCCGCUACCCCAGUUCCAAAGCGCAGGCGCCGCGCAGGGAUGGCAGCAUUGGCAGAAAUUCGGCAACUCCAACGAUCUACUCACUUGUGUAUUGCUUUGAGGCCAUUCAUGAGGGUCGUGCGCGAGGUCGUCGAGAAAGAAAUCGCACCAGGGCAAUCUAUCAGGUUUCAGAUGAACGCCAUACGUGCGUUGCUGGAAGUGGCGAAAGCAUAUCUCAUCAACUAUUUCGAGAGAACAAACAUCAUUGCUAUUCACUGCAAGAGGGUGACGAUCCAGCUGAAGGACCUGAGGCUGGUUGACAACUUGGCCCAGGCUCGCUGGGAAUACAAAUAUGAAGGCAUUAUCGACGAGCAGAAGACAGCGGAAAAGCUACGGCAGAUGAAUGCUGCAAGGCAGGUCGAGAGAAAAACGCAGGCGGGGAAGGGGGUGUCUCAGAAGACAGUAGCAGCACGCAAAGGCGGUGACACUCCAACGGGGUCGUCGAAGAGGAAAGGAGCGCCGCGCAAAGGCAAUGUAGCAAAGAAAAGCAUGAAAUAAGAACACAGUGAAGACUGCACUGAGACAAG